AUGUCGAACGUCAAGCGUAUCGCCGCCCUGUUUGGAUUCUCAUUGGCUGUUUUGGCUAGCCCGCUGAUCGCCAAAGGUUCUAGCGAUGGCUCCAUCGUUCCCGGUAAGUACAUCGUUCGCGUUGCUCCAGGAACGUACGACACAGAUUUCGAAAGCCACUUGAGCUGGGUCGCCAACGUCCACAAGCGCAGCCUCUCUCGUCGGAGCACUGCUGGAGUUGAGAAGACAUUCAGCGUCGGUGGCUUCAAAGCUUACUCCGGCGAGUUCGACGCAGAGACCAUUGCGGAGAUUGAAAGGAACGGUUAUGCCGUCAGCGUCGAGCCAGACCGAGUUGUCGAAGUGACAGCCUUGAUCACUCAAGCGGCUGCCCCAUGGGGGCUUACGGGCCUAUCUUCAACAACUCCUCAAGCAGACGGCAGCAGUUCCAGCCCUUAUGUGUACGAUAGCACCGCUGGAGAAGGGACAUACGCCUACGUCCUUGACUCUGGCGUCACCAUUGAGCACGCAGAGUUCGAGGGGCGCGCCAUCCGAGGCUACAAUGCGUGGGCACCAAAUUACCCUUUUGAGGACGAGUUCGGUCAUGGCUCCCAUGUUGCCGGUAUUAUUGGCGCAGCUACGUACGGUGUGGCAAAGAAGGCGACCGUUAUCGAUGUCAAGGUCGUUCGGGGCCUUGGCUACUCAACCGUUGCUCACGUCUUGGAUGGGUACAGCUGGGCUGUCAACAAUAUCACCAAUACCCCCGGACGGGUCUCGAAAGCCGUCAUCAACAUGAGCCUGGCAUUUCCCAAGAGCGACGCGAUGAACUCUGCAGUAGAUGCCGCUUUCGAUCUCGGUGUCACAACCGUGGUCGGUGCCGGGAAUGAUGGCAAAGACGCUUCGACCAAGUCUCCCGCCUCUGCUCAGAGAGCCAUUACGGUUGGCGCGAUAGCUUGGAAUUGGACUCGUGCCGACUGGAGCAACUUUGGAACUGACGUAAACAUCUUCGCGCCGGGUCUCGACAUUCCAUCGCUUUGGAGGCAGCCUGGGCAGGUGUCGGUGGUCUCUGGAACAUCCAUGGCCACACCUCAUGUCGCCGGACUCGUUGCAUAUCUCCAGGCACUGCAUCCUCUUGAAAAUUCGGCAGCCGUUGUUGAGAAGUUGAAUGAGCUUGCAUUCAAGGGCGUGGUUGGGAAUUCGGGAAGUGGGAGCGCGAACGUCCUCGCUCACAGCGGUGUUGUCUCCAUCUAA